AUGCCAGGCUACCCCACCUGCCCAUGUACGCUAGUGCAAAGCGCAUACGACCCGACCCGUAGCGCGGAGCAAGGCGGACCCUCACAACAGCCUGAGAGGAAGAGCGGAGGCAAUGGCUGGAAAUACGCUGCAGCGGGAGCAGCAGGUCUUGCAGGCGGAGCCCUGCUCAUGCACGAAAGCGACAAGAUUGAAGAGGGCUUUGACCACGCCAAAGAAAACGUCGAAAACUUCCCCGAAAACGCCGCACAAUGGACGGGCGAGAAGGUCCAAGCCGUUGAAGAUUUCCCCGAAGACGCAGCUGAGUGGACCGGCGAGAAGGUCCAGGCCGUCGAGGAUAUUCCCGACCGAAUCGAGAACAAGUGGGAUGGCAUGGUUGGCGGCGUCGAGCAGUGGGGCGAUAAUAUGCAGGAGGCGUAUGAUUAUGGUAAGGAGGAGAGGAGGUAUGAAGAUGAUGAUUAUUAA